GUAGUUUCAGAAAGAAAGAAUAUUCUGAAAUCUUUGCCCAGGCUUCCUUAGAAACCAUCCGUUCAGAAGAUGUUGAAGGUUUUUUGGUUUCUGAUUGACUGGAUCAGUGGAUCCCUGCACCAGGAGCACAUUGUGGUGAAGAGCCUGGAGGAGGACUUUGAUUGGCUCGUACUGCAUCACCUCCUCGCCAGGUUAGGGGAUGUUCAAUUGGACGUAGAAGAAAUUGCCCUGACUGCCGCUGCUCAGAAACGUAAGCUCCGUGUUGUAAUGGACGCCCUGAAGCAGAAGCUAAGGCUGCCAGAGGAGGCCCUGCAGAAGUGGAGUGUGGAGCCUGAACAGGAAAUCCAUAGCAGGGAUUUGCUGGCGACCUUGCAUCUCUUGGUUGCCAUGGCAAAGCAUUUCAAACCUGGCCUGGAGCUGCCAGCCAAUGUGUCUGUGGAAGUGCUUCUCCUGGAGGUUAGCAAAAAUGGAAUCAAGUCAGAAAAAAUUAUUGAAUACAUUACAGACCAAAGUGUUGUUGCAGAAGAGGACAAGAGUAAUCCUAUGGAUGAGCUGCUGAAACUGGGACUACAGAAAGUGAGCGCAGUGAAGCAGGCCAUUUUGCACUUUGUGAACAAGAACCUGUCCAACCUGGGUUUAUCAGUGAGUAGCAUGGACAGCCAGUUUUCUGAUGGUGUGAUUCUGAUUUUACUGAUCGGGCAGCUGAACGGCUAUUUUGUUCAUCUCAACAAGUUCUGUUUCCGUCCAACCACCACCGCAGAAAUGCUCCAGAAUGUGUCUCUAGCGCUGGAGCUGUUAAAGGAUCAGGGGCUGCUGCAGCAUCCCAUGUCACCUGAAGAUAUCGUUUCCCAGGAUGUGAAAGCAACUCUGAGUGUUCUGUAUGCCUUGUUUAAAAAAUACAAGAACUGAAGAGCUGAGGAUUUAUGAUACAGUCAUAGAAGUGCCCCAGUCACUCUGGAUCAGAAACACAUUGAGAAUCAUUUUAAACACUGGUACUAUUGAAGUGCUGCAGACAGCCCCAGUCACUCUGGAUCAGAAACACAUUGAGAAACAUUUUAAACACUGGUACGUUGGGUCCUCAGAAAACGAACUGCUCCAGUGAACCAACGCCAUAGCUUACCAAGAUCAAGACCGCAUGUACAAAGCUGCACUGGGAGCCUUCGGCAACAUGUCCCUGGAAAUAAUCACUGCACAUUCUAUAUAUAAAAAAAGAAUCCUUGCCUGAUUGGAAUGGGCUAGUUGCAAGAGCAUUCUUGCUGUCACAAACCAUUGUAUUAUUAUUGUUACUCCAGCUGUCUAUGCGUUGUGUAGUGUAGUGACAUGUACAAACCCAUUAGACAUGGUAAUCUGAACUUAAUACGUGAUGUGAAAGGGCUGAAACACAUGCACAGCACUGAGGGGGUGGGGGGCAGUCUGGAGUAUGAAGCAUGAAGGUCAGAUAAUUCCUACUGUCCUCAGCCUGUUUUAUGUGCAUACAUCUUAGCUAUGGCAAUGCAACAUUUGAAAAAGCACCAAUUGUUUUGUUAUUUAGUCAUUUCUAAUUUCAGCAGUGCCAUGGUUAAAAUGUAAUCCUAGGGUUUGUUUUUGAAGCUUUACAUGCAACAUAGGUUCAUGUUCUCUGUAUUAAUUGUGUGUUUUAAUACUAUUGUUUUAUGAAGUUGAACACAUUUAACACUAGGGGGCAUAAUUAGGCUUCUGCUUAGCAAUCAAAACAAACCCAGUAACCUGUCUAUAUAAGCUGUUUGACCUAAUUCACAGCACAGUCACUGCAUAGCGGGUUAUUCACUUUCAUUUGCACAUAUUGUUCUAAGAAAGCAAUGGCACACAAUGGGUCACUUCAACAUAAAGUGGCACACUACACCUGUCAGAGUGAUUGUAUCAGAGUGGUUGGCAAAGCUAAACCUAAUUGUUCUUCUCAUCAUUCCCAUUUCAUUCUGACCUAGUUGUGCUUCUCAUCAUUCCCAUUUCAUUCUGACCUAAUUAUUCUUCGCAUUUAUGAGCUGCUCUAUGAAGCUUGGUGCAGAUGAACUCCGCUUCAUAAUUCACGAUUGUGGUAUUAAAAGCUUUUCAAUUGCAAUUUUGAAUUUGCUAAAGGGGUGUCCCUGAGUGUCUCUGGACUUGUUUACUGUAGAAGUGCAGAUCAGAUCAGCGCAGCUUUGCUUGACGCUAGGAGCCACAGGCUCUAUCAUUAGAAAUUCAAGCUGAGCAGCUGCACUUGUAACUAAAAAAUUUGGAAAAAAAUUAUGGAAAUGAAGCCACUGUCAUUAGUCUGACUCCUGAGUGCCAAGGCAGGAAUUGAACAAGGGAAUAGAGCAGUGCAGCCACGACUUAAACAUGCAAUCCUAAAUCCAAGAAAAAACAUUAUUUUUCAUUUGAAAGGGGACUUGUUUAUCAACUGUUAAUGACUAGCUUACUAAUGACUAAUGGGGUUCCCUGUGGGUGCUUUACUCAAGCUCUUGGUUUAGAUCUCAUGGAACACAGAGUGACCCUAGCCCUCUAGCGGGUGUAAGAGAUACCUCAUUAAUAAAUCCUACAUAGGAAUGGCUUAUUGUUUCAAGGUAAGGACCAGGUAUCUCUGAAGAACUAUACUUUAAUUUCACUGGGAUCUUCCUGCUUGAAAAAAAGGUUAAUUAAAGGGGUAUUCAUAAUUUACAGAGUCUAAAGAGGAAGUUUAAACAUUAGCCAUAUGUUAAGCAGACAAGAUAUAGGUGUUAGUGUUCAUAUAGCAGUAAGUGCACAUUAUCAGAUAUAGGUGUUAGUGUUCAUAUAGCAGUAAGUGCACAUUAAGAUACUGACAACAUGCCCCACAUGUCAUCCAGUUCCUAUACAGUUUUAAGUAACUUUAGCA